CACCGGCCCCAGCAGUUUGCGCGGUUCAAAAAAUCGACCGUUGUGUUGUCGAAAAUCAGUGUUUCUUACUUUCUUUCAGGACUAAAGUUAUUGUUUUUAAGGUUCUGCUAUUAUUAUUUCGAAAGAAAGUACCAAAAUGUCGCAGCAACAAACUAAAAACUGCAUUACCCUUCGUGGUUCUGCUCAAAUUAUUUGCGAAUAUCUGAACUUUGCAAUCAACUCAGUCCUUUUCCAACGAGGUCUGUACCCACCAGAGAUGUUCAAGGCUGAGCAGCAGUACGGGAUUACAUUGUUGAUAUCUGAGGAUCCUCAAAUUAAAAGCUUCCUGACCAAUCUUUUGAAGCAAAGUGAAGAAUGGAUUAUCAACAAAAAAGUAAGCAAGCUAUCCUUGAUUAUAUUAAACGUAGCAAACAAAGAAGUCUUGGAGUGCUGGGAUUUUAACGUUCAGUACGAAGAAGGUGACAUAGCAUUAUCUAAGGAGAAAAACGAGACCGUAGGCAGUAAAGAUUUGAAGAAAAUACAGCAGGAAAUCAGGGAUGUGAUGUUACAAGUUGCAGCCACGAUAUCGUACCUACCGUUCUUAGACUGUCGGUGUUCGUUCGAUGUGCUAGUUCAUGCCAAAACAGACUGCGAUGUACCGGAGAAAUGGGCAGAAGCGGAACCAGUGUCGAUAGCCAACGCGCAGAAUGUUCAGCUCAAAACAUUCACAACUAGUUUACAUAAAAUGGAAACGGUUGUUAGUUAUAAGUUAGCAGAUUAAGAUAUUUAUUGUUUCCUAACAAUAAUUAUAAUUAAGUUUUUUAUUUGCUCUUGUAAACUGAAAAGAACUUACCGAAUUUUGUAAGUUCCUAAGUUUAGGAAGCAAAUUUUUGUACCUAUUUUGAGCAUUGCUAAAAGCUAUACUGCAUAAAGAUGAAGUUUCCACUUUGUACCUGUCUAUUUAAAUGCAGUUUUUUGCAACAUAAAAUUGGAUUUUCUAAUGAAACCAAUCAUGAAAACAAGUUGCUGACAAAAUUCGGGGCAACUCCACGCUAAAUUUUGUCAGUGUGUGCGUGCGCGCCGCAUACGUAUUGGCGCGCUCACAUACAAACCGCGCUCGGGCGUUUCUAUGAAGAUGACCUACUCAUUUGUAUUUACUCUUAUAUGGCUAAAUGUCUGAUAUGGAGAUUGACCACUAUAAAAAGGUUGAGUAUCACUUCAACUGAUGGUUGAUAAUUAUUUUUCACAUUAUGGAAUACUCACACAAAUAACAUUCCAAAGUACUUUUUUUGAACAAGUUAGUUGCAGUAAUCUUGCGGUUAUUAUCGACUGGGUAUCGCAGUAUUCGUGUAAAUAUUAUGGUAGCUAGUCUAAGUUGUAGUGUAAGGUUUUUACAUUUUAAUUUUAGAUGCAUUUUUCGGAACAAUCAAUUUAUUAAAGGAUUGUAAC